UGGUCGCACUAAUCAUUUCAUAAGACCCAACAAAACAACAUAAUUUGGCAAAACAAUUAAAAUAUAACUAUGUUGCGCUGUUUAAAAUCACACGUUGAAACUCCCAUAGUGAUUGUCGCCCGUGCGGCCUCAACAAAUGCGGAAAAGCUGGAGGAGAUCCGCGAACGCCUGGCUAAGGGUCCCAAUUUCCAGGACUUUGUUCAGAAUCCGGAUUACUCCAAGAGCGAAUGGGAUGACUAUGCAGGAAAGUUGCGACGCGAAAAGGGCGAGGAGCAGCGCCUGCGGCUGCCCCCCUGGCUGAAGACCACAAUUCCUGUGGGCAAGAACUACGCCCGGAUCAAGGAACAGAUGCGUGAGCUCAAGCUCUCCACUGUGUGCGAGGAGGCAAGGUGUCCAAACAUUGGCGAGUGCUGGGGCGGCGGCGAGCAUGGCACCCAAACAGCCACGAUUAUGCUGAUGGGCGACACAUGCACGCGAGGCUGUCGCUUUUGUUCCGUGAAAACAGCAAGAAAACCACCGCCACUGGACGUAAAUGAGCCCGUGAAUACUGCCACGGCAAUUGCAUCCUGGGGAUUGGAUUACAUUGUGCUGACAUCCGUGGACCGUGAUGAUUUGUCUGAUGGUGGCUCAAAGCACAUAGCAGAAACUGUAAAGGAAAUCAAGGCGCGAAACUCUAACAUCUUUGUGGAGUGCCUGGUGCCAGAUUUUCGCGGAAAUCUCGAGUGCGUGGAGACGAUUGCCAAAUGCGGUCUGGAUGUUUACGCUCACAAUAUCGAGACCGUGGAGAAACUCACUCCUUAUGUUCGGGAUAGACGCGCACAUUAUCGCCAGACGCUGCAGGUCCUCACCGAAGCCAAGCGUUUCAAUCCUAAUCUCAUAACGAAGAGCUCUAUUAUGCUGGGCCUCGGAGAAACCGAUGAAGAGAUUGAGACCACGCUGAAGGACUUGAGAAAUGCCGGCGUCGACUGUGUUACCUUGGGCCAGUACAUGCAGCCCACGAACAGACACCUUAAAGUCAUCGAGUACGUAACGCCGGAGAAGUUCAAGCAUUGGGAGGAGCGCGGUAAUGAGCUGGGAUUCCUUUACACGGCCAGUGGUCCCCUGGUUCGCAGCUCCUACAAAGCGGGCGAGUUCUUUAUCACCAGUAUAUUGGAGAACCGGAAGAAGAACCAGAGCGCAAAUGCAUCGCCGAAAGAUUAGGAUAAUUGUUGAUUUUUUAAGAUACAAAAAAUUCUAGAUGCCUCGUCACACAAAUGGAUAAGUUUGGUUCUGCUUUUUAUUUGCAAAACUGCCUUUUGUUGUGCAAAGUAUAUGUAUAUAAAUAAUAACAAAAUCUUAUAAAUGUAUAAUAAAUUCGAAUUGUUAUUCAUA